AUGAGAAAUGCAAGCUCCAUUACAAUGUUUCUUCUUCUGGGUUUUUCAGACACCCAGGAACAAAAUAUUAUGUACUUCAUCCUUCUUUUAUUGAUUUAUUUGGCAGUCUUGAUGGCAAAUUUUCUAAUAAUGUUAGCUGUUUUCCUGGACCACCAGCUUCAUACUCCCAUGUACUUUUUCUUGGUAAAUUUAUCUGUUGUGGACCUCGGUUCUAUUUCUGUCACCAUUCCCAAAGCCAUGAUUAAUUCUCUCUUGAACACUAGAGAUAUUUCAUAUUCUGGCUGUGUUGUACAAGUAUUUUCUUUGUUUUUCUUUUUGAUAUCUGAUUUGUUCCUCCUCACAGGCAUGGCGUAUGAUAGAUAUGUUGCCAUCUGUGACCCACUGCACUAUGAAACAACGAUGAGCAGAAAAGUUUGCAUUCAAUUGGCAACCAGUGCAUGGAUAGCUGGUCUUCUUUAUUCAGCUUUACACACUAGUAGCACUUUUGCCAUCACAUUUUGCUCCAACAUCAUCAAUCAGUUCUUUUGUGAAAUCCCACAACUACUGAAAAUUUCCUGUGAUGAUAUGUAUCUCAUUGAAGUUGGAGUCAUUGUUUUUAGUAUAUUUAUAGUUUUCCCUUGUUUUGGUUUUAUUAUUGUUUCAUAUGUGCACAUUUUCAAGACAGUGCUAAGAAUCCCCACCACUCAUGGACGAAGCAAGGCCUUCUCAACAUGCCUGCCUCAUCUUAUUGUUGUUUCCUUGUUUAUUAGUACUGGAAGCAUUGCCUAUCUGAAGCCUAUUUCUGGAUCUCCUUCAGAGUUGGAUGUGAUUGUGACUGUAUUAUACUCUGUUGUGCCUCCUUUGAUGAAUCCAAUUAUUUACACUAUGAGGAACCGGGACAUCAAAACAGCACUUUGGAGAAUGUUUGCAUGUGGGAUUUCUUCUUGGUAUCAAGGAAGUUCCUUUAUUUUUACUUUCAUGUCUAGCCUUCUUAGGCCUAUUUUUAAAAUACAUAGUUGA